CCUGGUGAGUAUGACUGGACUACCUUGUUGGAAUGUGUGGGCCCCACAACAUUUUCGUUUCCACGUUGAGGGCUGUGUUCGAGGACUGUGACAUUCCUGACGAGGCAAUUGAUGCCUUCCUCUUCAACAUUUGUAAGAGCUGUCCAGGAUCCAUGCACAUUGUGACCGAAACCCUUGCGAAAAUAUUGGAGGGGUCCAAAAGGGCCUGCAAUGCUUAUUUUUUAAAGCAAAACAUACUUAAAAAAAAAAUUCUAGGAGCUUACCUCCAAAACGGAAAUCAUUGGACCCUUUUUUAUGCUGACAUGGACAAUUUAACUAUUGUCUUCAUGGAUUCCUUUGGGGAGUCCAAGGAAAAAACGAAGACAUUGGUGAAAAACUGGAGCUCUUUUGCGGAGGCAAGGGGCUGCCAUGGUCCCUGGACCGUUGUUUCUGUAAAACACCCAAAGCAGACAGACUCCCAUUCCUGCGGAAUCCAUGUUAUCAUGUAUGCUGAGGCAAUCAUGAUUGGAGAUGCCCUUCGUAAUGGACAUGUCCCUGACUUUGGACCUAUAGCGAGCGUAAGGGCACAACUGUGCAAACAACUUUUCAAUUUAUCAGACCGAACUGGCAAAUGUAGCGAGUGCCUGUUGACCCUCAGACCUGCAAAUAAGGUACAAUGCCGUGGCUGUGGGGCAAACCGGCACAAGCGCUGUGCCCAAAAAUGUUGCCGUCUGUGUGAAUACUGUGAACAAAUCAGAUUGCAUGGGGGGGAUGAGGAGAACGAUCAAAGGACUGAGAAGGAGGAGGAAGAGAGAGUGGAGAGUCAAGCGAAGAAUGAGAAGGAGGUGGAAGAGAAGGUGGAGAGUCAAGAGAAGAAUGAGAUGGAGGUGGAAGAGAAGGACGAGGAGGAUAGGAAUGAGAUGGUGGCGGUGGAAGACAGGGAGAAGGAGGAAGAGAAGGAGAAGGAGGAGGGCCAGAGUCAGAGUCAGCCUGACUUUUUUGUAGUUCCUGGCCGAUUGGCAAUCACUGGCCCAAAAAAAAAAACAUACACCAUUACCCCAGAAGAAAUUAAUCGCAGAAUUGUGGGCGAAAAAAUGUCAGCCCACGUUUUUAGAUGCCUACUUGGGGGGAGAAUGGCCAAUCUGCCUGCCAUAGUGCGACAGCAGCCACCCAAAAAGAAGAGUGUGACGUCUAUCUUUAGCUGCCUCAGUGAAGGUGAGGCCAGUGAUUUGGCGACGGGGUUUGGCAGCAGCCUGGCUCGCCAUUUUAAGCCGGUGGUUGAGGGCGUGUCAAAAGAAACUGCUGAAUCAACCAAGUAAUUAUUUUAAUGUGGAAUAUAUUUUCAAUAAUCAUUAUAUUGGUAUCUCUGGAAUAGCGGUUUUCUUCCCCACAGGAAAGUG